AUGAACAUUCCCUAUGUUCGAAUUCUCACAUGGCUCCUUUUAAUUUUGCCUUUUCCAUUAGUGAAUGGACUGAAGAAGGGUGAGAAGUACGUCUUCCGUGUGGCUGCGAAGAACGAGGCUGGCGUUGGAGAGCCAUGCCAAGCCACACGUCCAAUUCUAUGCAAACCUAAAUACGACGCACCGGAUGCUCCGAGUACACCGAAAAUUGAUGACGUGGAUAAGGAUCAUGUGGACAUCUCAUGGACGGCACCAUUGAAGGAUGGCGGAUCACGUAUCACCGGCUAUAUAGUAGAGAAGAAGAAGCUUGGUGAUGAUGACUGGACACCGGCUACGACAGCACCAGUCACUGGACCGAACGCGCACAUUGAGGGUCUGGAGGAAGGUCAGGACUAUGAGUUCCGCGUGCGCGCUGUGAAUGCGGCUGGCCCGGGUCAGCCUAGCUUCGCCUCUGAGAUGACCAAUGUCUGCAAGAAGAAGACCAAGCCACAGUCGCCAGAGGAAGUGACUGUCAAGGACAUCCGCGCCAAUUCCUGCAAGGUGGAGUGGGAACCUCCGGCAUCUGAUGGAGGCGUUCCAAUCACAGGCUACGUUGUCGAAAAGUGCGACGAGGCGACCGGAACAUGGGAACGCGUGCCAGGGCCUAUCAAGGGCAACUCCGUUGAUGUCCGUGAUUUAACUGAGGGCAAACGCUACAAGUUCCGCGUCUCCGCAGUGAAUCCCCUGGGCACCUCAGAGCCAACUGAGACCCUGCUCGCAAUUGUGGCCAAAAAUCCAUUUGACACUCCCGACGCUCCAACGGGAGUCAAGAUCACAGAUUACGAUCGAAGCUCGGUCACACUGGCUUGGAAACCGCCAGAUGGGGAUGGUGGAAAUCCGAUCAAAGGUUACCAAGUUGAGAAGCGAACUGCUAAGGGCACUUGGGAAAAGGCUCUUCCUGGUCUCGUAACUGGAACCGAAGCAAUAAUUCCAAACCUUGAGACGGGCAAGGAAGUUGAAUUCCGUGUUGCCGCUGUCAACGAUGGCGGACCGGGUGACUUCUCGCGUGCCACGAUGCCACAUUUGGUCCGGGAUAAGAUUGAACCGGCAUCUCCGCCGCAGGAUGUUAAUGUGGACAAGGUCACGAAGAAUGGAACUCGUCUUUCCUGGAAGAAACCCAAGUCAGACGGAGGCAGUCCGGUGACUGGUUACGUCGUAGAGAAAAAGAAUGAGGAUGGUGAAUGGGAGCCCGUGAAGCAGACCACUGAACCGGAAGUGUUUGUUCCAAUGAAGGAAGGAGAGAAGGCUCAGUUCCGUGUGCGAGCUGUGAACGAGGAAGGCGAAGGCGAGCCUAGCAGACCUACUCCACUCAUCACCGCCGAGGACCAG